AUUAAAGCUCAACUGGGGGAUGAUAUACGAAGAAUCCCCAUUCACAAUGAGGACAUCACCUGUGAUGAAUUAGUUCUGAUGAUGCAGAGAGUAUUCAGAGGGAAACUGCUGAGUAAUGAUGAAGUUACAAUCAAAUACGAAGAUGAAGAUCUUUUAACAAUUUUUGAUAGCUCAGAUCUUUCCUUUGCCAUUCAAUGCAGUAGGAUACUGAAGCUGACACUAUUUGUUAAUGGACAGCCAAGGCCUCUAGAAUCCAAUCAGGUAAAAUACCUCCGCCGAGAACUGAUAGAACUUCAUAACAAAGUGAACCGUUUGUUGGAUUGCUUAGAGCCACCUGCUGAGCCGGGACUUUCUCCCAGCCUCCCUGAAAAUGAUGUUGCUGAUGGGAGGAAAGACAAGCUAGCUACUACCGAUUCUGCCGUCAAGCCAUCUUCUCAAGUUAUAGCAGCAAGACCUCCCAGCACCCCUGUAGAUGAGCGUGCGGGAACACCUGAUAGUAUUGCUUCUUCAUCCUCUGCACCUCAUCCACCUGGUGUUCAACCACAGCAGCCGUCAUAUGGAGGAGGUCAGCCGCAAACUGGUCAGAUGGAAGGCCAGAUAUAUCAGCAGUAUCCACAACAGGCUGGAUAUCCUGCUCAGCAGCCACAAGCUCAACCUCAGCAACAGUAUGGUAUGCAGUAUCCAGCAGGCUACAGCCAACAGACUGCUCCUGAACAAGCGCAGCAGUUCCAGGGAUACAAUCAGCAACCAUCGCAGGCUCCAGCACCAGGCUUACCCGGCCAGGCUCAGCAGCUGCUGGCUCAGCCUCCUCAACAGUACCAGGCAACCUCCUAUCCUCCUCAGAACGACACCACACAAGCUUCCCAAUCUGCCAGUUACAAUGUGCCCCCAGCUUCUCAGCCGGGAAUGGCUCCAAGCCAGCCAGGUUCUUAUCAACCAAGACCGGGCUUCACACCACCACCCGGAACUACCAUGACACCCCCUCCUAGUGGUCCUAAUCCUUAUGCACGCAACCAUCCUCCCUUUGGCCAGGCCUAUACCUAGCCCGGUCCUGGCUAUCAAUAAGGAAACUGUGCUGCUGAAAGGCCCCAGGUUAAUCCAGGCAGCUGCUGAGGUUGUUCCAUCCAUAUAGAUUCCAAGAUUCUUUAAUUUGUACUGAAAUACAAAAACUAAUGAAAAGCAGAAUAUUCUUUGGCCUCACUAUUGCUGCUUAAUUUGCUGGGAUAAAAUGACCAAAUGAAUCUUGUUUCUUGUUUUAAAUUGUAUUGGCUUUCUAGUUUAAUAUUGGUCCCUUUGGAAACACUACCUAAAUGUUUGUAAAGUAAUGACAUUCUGUCUUGCCAUAUUGAACUGCUGGGUGAAAAUCUAGCUAACUUAUUUGGCUUGUUUUUACUAAUACAACGAUGUACUAAAUUAGAUCCACUUGUUAAAAACUAGAUAUAUUGUAUAAAUUGUAA